AGUUGCGGCGAGAGUCUGGCAUACUUUCCGAAUCACUGAGCGGAGGCGUCAAAAUAAUGACGGGCUCCAUGGAGAAGCAAACAUUCGCUUGAAACUCACCAAAAAUUCACCGGCUGUUCGUAAUUUCUCGAAGAUUUGGUGAGAUAAGACAUCAUAGAUGACCGGGAAACUGUUUUGAGGCUGCAUCUCGGGUCGGAUCGGACAAAAAUGGUUUGACAACAAGGAGCAACGUUACGGAAAAGUUUGCCGGUGAGCGAUCGAUUUGACAUUUACAGGUGGUUCAAAACCGAAGAAGUUUGCAACUUUUAGCUCGAACUCAUCAUUUCAGUGACAGCCUGAAACUGUAACAAGAACACGAUGGCGUCAGAAGCAGUAAAGGUAAUUGUUCGGUGUCGGCCGCUUAACGAACGAGAGAAGAACUUGAACUGCGGCGUUGUGAUCAAGAUGGAUGGAGGGAUCCAGUGCGGCAUCAUCAAGCCUGACAGGCAGGACGAACCGCCAAAACUCUUCACCUUCGACGGUUCCUACGACAUGGUGUCAACAACCGAGAAAAUCUACGACGAUGUGGCUUAUCCUUUGGUUGAGAGUGUGGUGGAGGGAUACAACGGAACGGUGUUUGCAUAUGGCCAAACGGGAUGUGGCAAAUCCUUCACUAUGCAAGGUAUUGAGGAGCCACCCACUCAAAGGGGCAUCAUCCCCAGAGCAUUUGAACACAUCUUUGAAAGCAUCGCUGUAGCAGAGGACACGAAAUAUCUCGUACAUGCCUCAUACUUGGAAAUUUACAACGAGGAAAUCCGCGAUUUGCUCGGAAAGGACCACAAGCAGAAGCUGGAGUUAAAAGAGCACCCGGAUCGCGGAGUGUAUGUUAAGGAGUUGUCGAAGCACUCUGUUCAUAACGUUCCAGAGUGCGAAAGGAUCAUGGAGAUGGGGUGGAAGAAUCGAUCGGUCGGCGCGACCCUCAUGAACGCUGACUCCUCGCGCUCCCACUCUAUCUUCACGAUCUUUCUUGAGAUGUGUUCUACGGACAAGGAAGGUGAGACGCAUUUGCGUGCGGGGAAACUGAAUCUCGUGGACUUGGCGGGAAGUGAGCGACAGGCAAAAACGGGUGCAACGGGUGAUCGACUGAAGGAAGCUACCAAAAUCAACCUCUCGCUUUCUGCACUCGGUAACGUCAUAUCAGCGCUCGUAGACGGAAAAUCCAAACACAUUCCGUACCGUGACUCCAAACUCACGCGACUGCUGCAGGAUUCCCUUGGCGGGAAUACCAAGACGCUUAUGAUAGCAUGUCUGUCUCCUGCGGACAAUAACUACGACGAAACCUUGAGUACGCUAAGAUACGCAAACCGUGCAAAGAACAUCAAGAAUAAGCCGAGAAUCAAUGAAGAUCCCAAAGAUGCUCUUCUCAGAGAAUACCAAGAGGAGAUUCAGCGGCUGAAGGCCAUGUUGGCAGCCAAAGGUAUCACAGCUGGCCAGCCAGGACCAGCACCCGCCCCUGGCAAGGGCCCACCUCCCCGGCGUCGCACCACCUCUGAAGACCUGCAGAAAGCGAUUGAGAAAGAGAAGGAGCGCAUCAAACAGGAAUAUGAGCAGGAGCUACAGGAGAUGAAGCUACGCUAUGAAAAGGAACAAGAAAGCAAUGUGAAGCUCCAGGAAGACAUGCAGCGGUUACGGGAGUUCUACGACUCCCAGCUCACCAACGUGGAGCAGAACUUUGAGGAGGUCCCCCCUGGGGAGCAGAACGGAGAGGUGGAGGAGAGGCCCAUGACUGCCGCUCCUCGGAGCCCCCCCACACCCCUGGAGGGGGAGGACCUGCCUGAUGGACCCAACCUGGACCAGACAAGUCUGCGCAGUAUGGACGACUCUCCCGCUUCUGAGGCCCAGAUAGCCCAGCAGCCGGAGAUGGCCCAGGCUCUAGGGCUGAUAGAACAGCCAAAGGUAGCUAAGAAGCAGCAGCCGCAGGUGGCGAAACAUCUUGGAUCUAAGCAGAAGACAGAGUUAGAAGAGCAGGACAGCCCGCGUGAACCCUCCUCACCGAGGGGCAACAUGGAGAUGGCACAGAGUGUACUGGCACAGGAGGAGGCUCUGCAUAGGUUACAGGAACUACAAGAUAAAAUGUUCCAUGCACAGGAGCAGAUGGUAGGUGGAGAGAAGGCCCACGAUGAGGUGGCGCUAGAGAAGAAAAAACGCAAGAGAACACACGCCGAGAAACGGAAGGAAAAGCUUGCAAAGGUGAUCUCACAGUUGGACGAUGGAGGAAACAUCAUGCUGAACGUGUACGACAACAUCCAGGACAAGCUGAAGGCUGCCAAUCAGCAGCUGGAGAAGGAAAAAGAAAAGACCAGAGCAGCUGAGAUAGACAUCAUUGACCUGCAGAGUGAGUUUGAGUUUGAGCGGAUCGACUAUCUCUCCACCAUCCGAGAACAGGAGAAACAACUCAAGCUGCUACAUUCCCUCAUCGACAAGAUCCACCCACUCUUACGCAGGGACAGUAACUACUCCAACUUGGACAGGGUGAAGGCACAGUGUAAAUGGGAUGAAGAGAACCAGAAGUGGACCCUGCCAGAUGUUAAAGUGGAGACUACAUCGUUACCUCCCAAUCCUGGAGGUAUCAUGCCAGGAGGCAGAGCAGCCCCGGGCAGAGGGCCUCCCCCAGGUCACAGGGAUCGGUCACCUGGCAACCAGUAUGGAGGUGCCAACUACCCACCCCCUGAGGAAGACAGGCUGCUGCAGAGGUUGAACAGAAGAUCCAACGAGAACAUCGCAGACAGCUAUUUCAAACCUAAACGAGCAAAUCAGCUCCUGAAUUCCUCCAGCGACCGCCAUUUUGGGCAGACGUUGGAGAGGAAUUUUGAUCGGAAUCCUGAGAGGACCCUUGGAAGUUUGGGUCAGAAAUCUGGCACUACAUUCACACAUGCAUCAGCAGCUCAGGACCCUCCCAGCUCUAUGUCUUCUUUGGGAUAUAACAGUUCCAUGACAAAUGGUGAGUUCAGCCAGGUACCAGACCCGAUGGAUAUGCCCAUGCGCCGCCCUGUACGCUUAGAGCGAAUGUCGCCGUCAUCGGCCAAGGACAAGAAAAAGAAGAAAAAGAAACCAGGAAUGCUGGAACCAUUGUAGUGAAGGGAUGAAGCGAGGGUUCUGCAACAACUCUGAGGAACAAGUAGCAGUUACUGUUCAUUUGAUAAAGGGUGACUUUGCUACAUUUUGAUGGACAUGACAUGGUUCCUAGAAGCUAGGACAUUUUCUGCAAUAUUCAAAGGGUGUUGAAUACAAUUUGUCAACUUUAUUUUCUGAAAAUGUUGUGAAACAACUCUACAUCCCUUAUACAAGCUGCAAGAGAAAGCAGUUCUUGCCUACAUGUAACUGUCAUUUGCAGCAGAAUGUAGGUC